AUGUCCAGCGAGCCAGUGAGCGCCGCAGCGCGCGACGUCGCCGCUUCGGUCGUCCUGUCGACGUCUGCCGCACUUCCAGCAAAGCCCAAGAAGCUUAGAGUGGCCGCAGCAGUUGUUGCAGCAACUCACACCGCGGACGAGUACGACCUGAGCACCUGGAGCGGCGACCAUCCGUACUUGAGCGUGCUGUACAAGCGCAUGCGGUCGCACCGCAAGAAGCUCGAGAAGAUCAAAGCGCUGGAGCAGGCGCAAGCGACGGACGGCAAAGUGCUGAACGCGCAGCAAGUGGCGCUCAUGAGCACCAAAGGGGCGUUGACGAAGCUGGUGGCCGAGCUCGAGAUGCUGCGGGAGCAGUUUGUCGGCGUCUACCGACUCGAACUGCAGCAAGUGGAGCAGCCGAAGCAAGUGGCGGUGCAGCCGACGACAACGACUCUUGAGUCGGUGGAACAGGUGGAUGCAGCACGAGAGUGCAACGAGUCGGUGCAGCCAACUGACGGACGUGCCGACGUGGACGAGAGAGACGUGCAACAAGUGGAGAAAGAGCCAGUUGCAGUGGCUGUGGUCGAGCAGGAGACUGUGGACUCGGAUGGCUUUGCCAGUGUAUACGAACUGCUGAAGACGCUGCACGUAGUGAAUCUGCACCAAGCGCUUGGCAAAGAGGUGCCCAUGGUGCUGGACUUUUUCUCCAAGGUGGUGCUGGGCAACACGCGUCCUCCGGCAGAGUUGUCGUACGAGGAGAACUUGCUCGAGUCUUUGGAGGAAGCCAAGAAGUAUCUGACGGCGAGCGGUAAGGUGUUUGCCUGUGAUACGACGUACUGCGAUCUGCGCGCGUUUGUGGACCAGUUGGCGGCCAUUUCGUCGAAAGCGUCGAGUGGGACAGAGGUGGCCGAGGCGGUGGAGGACGUAGAGAACGUUGCUGCUGUAGUUGACGAGACCCCGGACGUUCCUGUUGUGCCUGCUGAGAUCAACACGAUGCCGCAGAUCAGUUUCUUUACCGAGUCGCAGCUUGAAGUGGAGCUGGCGGAUGAAGUUGUUGCCGAAACUGCAGUAGCUGAAGGGCACGUGGACGCCACGGAAAGUGUGGCUGCGGAUGCUGAGGACGAACGCAGGAUGGAAGUGCACGAGCAGAACGGCGUCCCGACCGAGAAACAGGCUGACGUUUCAGUCCAGCCGCCGUUGUUGUCAGAGUCAGCGCCUGCAGCUCCCAUCUCGUUUGCAGCGGUCACUACUGCCGGCAUACCCGAUAAGCACAGACUGUCGCCGGCAGCUUCACUGGGCUCAUCGGACAACGACAAGAAGGAGCUUGGACCGAGAGGAAGCAGUUUGCCAGGCAAGACCCCUCGUCGCCGCGGCCAGGAGCGCUGGAAAGAGAAGGAUAGUAAUAGCAAUAGCGGUGGCAGCAAGUCGGGCAAUGGAUCGCCGACGAACGGGAACAGGCCGCGUCGUACUCGCGCAGCACGCACGAACGACGAAGCCGGUGCUGCACCGGGCGGCCGACGCAGCGGAUCGAAAGAAGACGGCGGACGUUUCCGCGUUUCCCGUGGCGUGCGAAAGCAGAACCAGUCGCCCCAGCAGCAGCAGCACACGGGCUCUUUGCUUGCCCCACACGCAUGA